AGGGUCCAUCACGACGAGGGUUUGUUGCUAUAAAAGGAGACUGCAUCCAUCGGAAAUUGCCCCCUCCCCGGUGCGUCUGAGCCAAUCCCACGGCAUAAAGUGGAGCUCUUAGCCAUGAACUGCCGGGGCCGCCAUGGGCGCUGAUUGGCGCGACCCCCUGACGGGUGGCCGGGCGUGGCCCAAUAAGGAAAGGCGCAGGUACCUCGAUACGGAACGAAGCUUUAGGGUUUGCUGGAUUAGGCAAGUCGGGGGGGGGGGGAUCUCCCAUCUGGCUGUUCGCUGCUGGUGGAUGCCUUUAGUUCCCUCUCUCUCUCUCUCUUCCUCGCUCGCUUUCUCUUCUUUUCGCUCUUUUACUUUCUGCUGGUGUGGUGUUUUCACUGCGUUGCGCCCCGUUUCUCUGUCUUUCUUUUCAAGUCCGCUUCGGUCCAGUCAUUCGUUACAUGUCUCUUGACAUUGAUUCUUCCUGACCAUCGUCUUUCAUUUGGGGUGGCCCAAGUGGCGUCGUAUAAUCCCUCUUUUCAUCUAGCUACCUAUCUG